AUGGCCUAUUACAAGGUAGCCUUGAAGACUCUGGUGGAUGAUAUCGCCGUCCUGGCUGGCGAAAAGUGUCUCCUCAAGUGUAUCUCCGAGCUUUUAACGUCUCGCAUCGUCAUCUCACUCAGUGAUGUCCAGGUAUCAGCUAUCGCGGCCGAAAGCGACAACACCCGCGCGGAACGGGCUCGAGCCGACAAAGAACACAAGGUUCUGACCAAAGCUCGGGCUAUACUCAGGAGACUUGACCAAUCUCGCCCAGGGGAAGUUUCUGAUCCUGAGAAUGACCCCGACUUGUUUCCUCUUGCACCCACGUCGAGUAAUGCGAAGAUGGUUUCCGAUGUCUCCAGCGAUAAGUCUGCUCCUUCCGGGACCACCAAAUCCAUCGAGGAACCCUUGAAUACUGUUCACCAGGACGCAAACAAACCGCAAGCUGAAUUGACGACAGAUUCGCCAAUCUGGUCGACUCACCAAAUUUGUCGGACGAGGACGGCCUAG